AUGUCGGAAGAGAAAAUAGAAGUGAAAGAGACGGAUAUGGAGGAUUCUCAACGAGAUAUGGUAAUUUCUGUUGUUCGAGAGGCUCAACGUCUCUAUAAUAUCGAUAAAGAUGUGGCUGCAUUCGUGAAAGAAGAGCUCGAUAAGAAGUUUGGAGCCACGUGGCAUGUCAUCUGUGGAAAGUGUUUCGGAAGUCGUGUCAGUUAUGAAAUGGGACAUUUUAUACUUCUAAAGUGCAAUAAGGUGAAUGUGAUGAUCUACAAGUGCGGAUACUAA